CCAGGAAGUGAGCGGUUCGUAGCAAUAGACACGUUGAACCGUCGGUGUUUUAACCUUGAACAGCUUCGUAUGAAAUACAAACCCAUAACGACAACAUGCAAGUUGCUAUAGACAUCACAACAAAAUACUGCCAUAAAGAAAUGGAGGCGUAUGGCUCAUGUGUGGCAUCUAAUCCAUCAACAUGGCAACAAACAUGCCAUGAACUGAAGAUGAAGGUUGCACAGUGCACGUCCUCACACCCAGUGAUUCAGAAGAUCAGGCAGGGCUGCUCCAAGGAGUUUGCAGAGUUUGAGAGCUGUCUCAGCGAGAACCAGAACAAACUUUCGACUUGCUCACCUCAUGUGACUCGUUUUCUCAGCUGUGCGGAAUCGGUGGAUCUCAGUGGAACAGCUGCCACUCCAGUACCCCAGCCUUCGUAGGAUCUUCCAUCAUCUUCAAAUAUCAGCUACCUCCGAGUUCAUUUUUGCUGUCCAGCCUCCAACAGGAUGCACGGUACUAGAAGUGGAUGGAUUUUAUGUACAGUAACAUUUAAGCGAUAGUACUUUUUAAAAAAUGAAUUGAAAUCUAUUUGUCCAAAUGACAUUUCUGCCUUAAAAAACAAAAUGCAUGGUUUGAAUUACAGGGAGUACUUUGGGGGUCUGACC